CCGCCACCGCCACUCGAUUGUUAUGACAAACCGUGUGCCACCGCACACACACAACACAAGUACACAACACAACACACUCCGUCGCAGCAGCAGCGGUGAAGACUCGUUUUCAUUAUCGGUCGUGAUAUUGUUAUUUAGAUAAUAGUAAUAAUAAUAAUAAUAAUAAUAAUAAUAAAAUGUAUUCGAUAUUAUAACAUUUUUUUGUGUGCGCACACCGCGUCGUGUUCCGUGAUGCUGCCGCCGCGCGUUUUGUGUAUACCACCGUUGUACCGCGAUUAGUGUGAUUAGUGUCUUUUGUACGUAUGUGUGCGUGUACGCGACCGUGCGCGUGUUAUUACUCGAUUUUUUAAUCGCCACCGCGUUAUUAAAACAAAAAAAAAAACACGGCGGACGAACGUUAAAUACGCAGCACAUGCGAUAAUAAUAAUUAUUACAUAAUGUCCUAUAGGUGUAUACGACACAAUAUCGCGUCACAAUAAUAAUAUUACAUUCACGUGCACAUGUACCCGAGCGAUAUUUCACCGGGUAAACGACUCUGACCCGCCGCGUUACGAUAGGUCUGGACGUUGAUUUCCUACGAUGUGCCGCAGUUGUCCGCGUUCGUUUUCAUCCGAAUUUGGCCGUCGUUGUCGUCCGGUUCGUUCGGCGUCGUAGUCGCUCGCUCGCGCGUCGUCGUCGUCGUCGUCGUCGCCGCCGCCGCAACAUUCGCGCGCGUUUCACGUCCGAUAAUAAAAAUGCUGUAGGGCCGUCUCUCGUGUCUUAUCGCGCGUUCAAAUGGAAUCCAUUGGCCGUUCCACUAUCAUGGGCAGCAACACGAACACGACGGCGUCCACCAUUGCCGGCGCCGCCACUUCCUCGGCCGUCGUCGGACUCAUGCUGCCCCAAGCCAGGCCUUCGGUGGCGACCGUCGCGAGCAACACGAAAACCACAGGGCUGUGUCACAACGGCAACAGUCUCAGGAUGCCGUUGCAACACUGCGCCGACGGCAGCAACGUCGUACAGCAUCACCAAUAUCCUCCCCUGUUGGUGGCCCCGACGCCGCCGACGGGUCUGGUGCCGACCUCGUUGAUACACCCCGCUCAGACCGGUUCCAUGUUGCCCGCGUCGCCUCAGUUGAUGCUGUCCACGACGGCGGUCACGACUUCCGCAGGAGUAAUGCCACAGUUUCACCAGCACGGCGGACCACAUCAACUGGUCACCGCAGCCGCGGCACCUCCUUCCAUUGUCAUGCCCGCUUCGAACGUCACCUCCGUCGGUAUGGCGCUGAGUCCCUUCGGUAUAUUGCCGCAUGAACGUGUGGUACCGCACAAUGCUCAUCAUCACAAUCGUCACCAGCACAGAAAACCGCCGUGCCCGCAGUCUCCUAAAGCUAUUAUGGACACCAGCAACACUAGCGGCGCACAGAUAUUAUCUGCGCCGGUCAUCAAUCCUCAGCGUUUUUAUAUCGAGCCCACUCAUCUCAACAACAAGAUUAAACAAUACGACAGCAUUCAGCCACAGGCACAACCACAGCCUCAGUCACAGCAUAGAAUCAAAAUCGUCAACAGCAUCUCGGAUAAAAGUCUGCCGGUGGUGUCCAGUACGUACGUUCCACAACCGUAUGAACACCGUUACCAACCGAGAACCGCAUCUCAACAAGUGGGUUAUUUGUCUGUUAUUACUCGUACAGCAGUGCCGACGACCAACGGCGUGAUGAACGACAUAACAGCAAAUAAUAAUUAUUACCAAACGCAACCUUUGCCAUUACAAUCAAAGACUUCUGAUAAUCAUGACAGGCAAUAUUACCAUUUCGAUAGUACAGUCUCUGCUAGCCAAACGCCUCAACAGCAAUUGGACAAUAUCUUACUGAUGGGUAGUCCAGUGCAACGUGGUGAUCCUAUGCAUAUCGUUAAGAAUUUACAAUCCAUGCAGACUGAUGUUGAUUGUUAUGGUGUUAAAAAAAUGAUUGACCAACAACCCAGGUUAAUGGCUCCUGACAAUACUAAAACAAUUUCACCGACAAAUUUAUUAGGUAACAGUAGUAAAUGUUUGAUGGAGAAUCAGCACCAGCAUCUCCAGCAGUUGCCUAAAUCUGCUGUAAUUGACCCAUCGUCGGCGUACAGUGAUCAAUAUUUUAAUAGACGUCAGCCACCCCCUGCACAUCUUCAUCAGCAUCAUAAUCAACCACAUUUACAGCAACAUAUUGUCACUGGCAACACCAAAAUGUUACCUACGCCUACGUCGUUAACUGUUGUUUCUGCCAAUGGAAAUACGUACUUAGAUGUACAGCAGCACCAACGCAACCAUCGUUGGAAUUUGGACCAUCAAAAACCACCCAUUGUUUCGACUUCAUCAUGUUUUACGGGAAACAUCUCUUCUGGGGUAUUUCAUCAGCCAUCAUUGCAUCAACAAUAUAACAAUACAGUUCAAACGUUUAAUGUUCAACCACCACCGACUAGCAUUCAUCAUCAACAACAACAUAUUUCACAACCAGCCCAUCAUAAUAAUUAUACCGUGUCAUCAGUAAAUCCAACAUAUUAUAAUCCUACAACUACUAUGGUUUCACCUACAGUCACUUCUGUAACCACGACUAGCCCAUCAUUAUUGUACAAUCGUACACAAACUAAUAAUCAAAGACAACAUAAUAACAUUUUUCAAGACUUCACUAAUAAUUUGCAGGGUGGCAGUUAUGUUGUAAAUGAUGACAACAGAACGUCAUCUUUACCACAAGUUAUCGUCCCAAACAUUGAAGAGGAAUUGAGUCACCUUUGUGAUGACUCCACUACUACUACAACCACUACUAACACUACUACUACUACUACUUCUACUACUAAGGUUAAACCAUUAAAUAUCAUUGCUCAAAAACCUUCAUUUAUUGAUAGUUAUAUCAAAUUUUUAUAUGGUGGUACAAGCAGUACGACCGAAAAACCGGUAGUUGAAAGUAAUGAUAAAUCAAAAAAAUUGUUAAGACCACUAGCAACGUCUUCACCAAAACCCAUAUCUAAGCCUUAUGUGCCUUUAACAAAACCAAAGAUUUUACCAACAACUGAACAGACAUCUCGUAAUGGUUCUAGUGAAGAUAUUAAGAAGAUAAAUAAUGUUACAACAACAACAACAGAUGACGAUCCGCGAUACUUUCCAUUGCCCAAAACUUCAUCAUCAAUAGCCGGUGUAAGUGACGAUAGAAGUGAUGUUAGUAAUGGUGAAAACAGUUGGUUGUCAGAUGAUGAACAUGAUCAAUGGUGGAUAUCUUCUUCUAAGGCAUCUAGUAGUGCAACAGCAACAUCAGUGAUAAAAAAUAAAGUUGAUGUUUUUAACAAAAAAAAAAACAAUGGCACCAUGAAAAAGAAACGAACAAAUUCUGCCGUACCAAUUAAAAAACAAAAAACAUAUCAUAUACAACAACCUACAAGACAACUGUCUCACCGAUUGGCUAAAGAAAAAUCUCAACAAUUGCUUAGCAGUUUAAAUGGUGAAUUAGAUGUAGAUGAUAACGAUGGUUUAUCAGAUACUGAUUCUGAUGUUGAUCCAGCUUGGAUACCAAACAAUGAUGACAAUGACAUAUCUAAAACUUCCAAUUCAAUCAAUAGUCGUCAUAAAAAGUACUCAAAAGAGCAAAAUUCAAAUAUUGGUCAUUCACCAUCAACCUCAUCUUCAAUCAAUAAUAAUAAUAAUGAUCAUCUAGACGACUCAACUAUAUUUAAGUCUGGUACAUUUGUUGCUCUAAAACGUCAAUUUAUGGAUAAUGAUCCUAUAUAUCCGCAACAUUUAUGGAGAGUUGAUGGAAAAUCAUUGUUACAAAAAUUUACACGAUGCAAUGAAAAUAAUAUGUACAAGAGUGUAUCAACUUACACUGGUUGGAGUCCAUCACAUUAUAAUAUGUACCGUCAAGUUGAUGUUCAAAUUAUUACAACAGAUAAUUGUGAUAAUGUCAUUCCAAAUAAGUCAUCAGGUGUUGAAGUUUUGGUACAAAUAUUAUCAGACAAUCACAACAAACCUGAUCAAAAUAAUUCUAUAGUCAAGACUGCUAGUUCAGCUUAUAAUCACAUCUCUAAACUAAAAGUUGAUGCGAUAAAUUCUAAUUUGUCUAAAAACUCUUUUGUUGAUGAGCAGAGUGUGAUGCUACGUACCAAUUUUGAUGUGUAUAUCCAGUCAUUAGCAUCACAAGCGCUAGAUCCAAAUUUUUUGUCAGAAAUUUACCGCGAGAAUGAUGAGUAUUUUUUAAGCAAUCUCAGUGCUAUUGAAACAGUUACACAAACUUGGAAGCAAACUAUAGAUUCUACAAUGUUUAAAGAUUCAGUAACAGAUUUGUCCAAAGUAGAGAAUGUAUGGACAAUUAUUGCAAAAUUUCCUAAUAUGGAAAUUAAUGCAAUAGAUAAAAAAUCAAGGAAUAACAUCAAUUUGCGUUGCUUAGUAUGUGGUUAUCAAGAAUAUAUGAAGAAACAACAGAAAGAGUUUGUCGAAAUAUGUCUAUCUGGUAUGGAGUACAGUUCUCAGACGUUAAAAAAUAUUGAUUCAAAUAAUUCUAGUAUAACAUUUUCUAAGAAUGUGCCAGUAAAGCGAUUUCAUUGCUGUUCUAGCGCUCAGUGCGCAGACAAGUUAACUAUUUUACAUAGUCUUGAACACCUUAAAUAUUACAUUUACAAAGAAUGCUGCAAACGUGUUACUGCUGAAAAUGAAAAUAGCUGUAACGGUUUAACUCAUGAUAAAACCACUGUUUUAAAUCGAUUAUUAGCUGAUGAUGAAUGGAUAGAAAAACUGUUUCAUUUGGUAUGCAAUACAUGGUCACAAGCUAAAAGUUUUGUUUCAAGAACCCAAUCAAAUUGCAGAGCAAUUUCAUCCUAGUAAUUUCAUUAAUAUAAUGUAUAUUUUAGGUAUACGAUAUUUUUAAAAAUAUAUAAUAGUUAACUAAUGAAGUAACCGUUGUCAUAUCAUAGUAUCAACAGCCUUUGUUAAAUAUUUAGUGCCUUUAUCCAUUUUAUUAUUGCCAUUGUUAAAUUUUGUAUUAUAUCCAAAUUAUUUCUAAAAGGUUACCUUUGUACUUUUGACAGUUAAAUAUUUUAUUUUUUUACAACAUUAUACAAUUUGUAUUUGUUAUUUGUUUUCAUAAACAAAUCGUGUGUUGUCAUACUUUUAUUAUACAUAAUAUACAUACACACACACACACACAUAUAUAAAGGUAUAUAAAUAUGAAUAUGUAUGACGUAUGUAUGUAUAUGUUACCAUAAGACUGUUUACUUGUCAUAACCAGUGGCGCAGUUUCAAUAAAAGAAUCUGGGAGUGAUAAACACCCUCAAGACUCCAAAUUGCGCCUCUGGUCAUAACCUUGAUUUAAUUAAUGUACUUUAGUACUGUAUUAGUUAAAGAACAUUGACUCAAAUUGAUCGUGAAUUUGUAUCUUGAAACAAUUACAUUUUUAAAAAUAAAUAUAAACUUAAUAAUUAAAUUAUAAUUUAUCGAUACUUAUUUUAGUACUUUUUAUUUUUAGAAUUAUACAAUUUCACUAUUAUAUCACAUUGUCACAUAUUCAUUGAUGUAUGAAAAACAUAUUUUUGUCAUUUAAAUAGUAUUAUGUAUUAAUAAGUUAAUAUAAAUAUAUUUUGGAGGAUUGUGCCACAAUAUUUAUAUUAAUUUUAUUGAGUUUCAAUUAAAAUAUUUUUUCUAAUAUAGAUCUUAACCAUGUUAUAUAUUUUAGUAUCCUGUGAAAGUGAAUUUUAACUUUUUAAAAAUGUUUAAUCUGUACUUUAAAGGUACUAGGCUCAUUAAGUUUAGGGGUGCCUCAGUUCUAUGUAAUGUACAUCCACUUUUAAUGGAUAUUAUAUUUUUUUAUAUUGUCUUCUUAAAAUAACCUAUUUAUUGACAAAA